AUGCGGUUCAGCUACAGUUACAGCGGGAGCACAUCCUCACCCUCCCCGUCCUCGCUCCCACCACCACCGCCGCCUCCACCAACGCCCAAUGAUGGGCUCUUGGAUAUCACUCCUCGCAAGUCAUCCUUCUCCAGCGCCAUGGGCAUGAGCUCAGCCUGUGCCUUUCCUUCCUGGCCCAACCGGCCCUCUCUCCUCAGCCCGGAGUCGGAGGAGUCUGCCGCCAGCUCCUACCUGUCCGACGAAGACCUCUUCCCCACAGAUUUGCCCAUCACUCCCCCGCCAGAGAGCCUUCUGGACGAGGAGUCCGCUGCCUCAGAUCCGCUCAUGUCUGGUGCCGACGACCUUACCACCGAAGAGCAGAUUCAGAUGAUGCGCGCAGCCGCCGAGGAGGACGAGCGAAGAAUCCGGUUUAUGGCACACGUGCACGCACAUGCGCGCGCCCAGCAGGCCUUUAAAGUCGCGCAGCUGGCCGCGGCCGAGCGCGAGAACUCCAAGCGCAAGAAGAAGCGUCCUUCGGUUACGGGCAAGAAGCAUCGGUCGGCGUCGUCGUCGACCAAGGCGUCUGGCCGCAUGUGA